AUGAAAGUGAACAAAUCGUUUCCAAUAGACAUAAAUGCUCCAACUAUACUCAUAGUUGGAAAAACAGGUGCUGGAAAAAGCACAUUAGGAAAUUAUUUAUUAAAAAGUUAUGACAAUGAAAAUCCAAUGUUUGAUGUUUCAGACAGUUUUGAAUCAGUUACAAAGUAUUCGAAAUUUGCGUUACUUAAUACAAAAGGACAAUCUUAUAACGUUGUCGAUACUCCGGGAAUUUUUGAUACAAAUGACAUUAGCGAUGCAACCACUAAGGAAAUCAUACGUACAAUAGUAAAUUGUUGUUCUGGUAUCAAGGCCAUAUUAUUUGUAUUUGAAGCAAAACGAUUCACGAAGGAACAAAAAGACGUUAUUGAUGGGAUUGUUAAACUUCUCAGAGAGGAAUCAAAGCAAUACAUGAUUGCAGUGUUUUCACAUUGCAAUACAAGGCAAACGGAAAAAACUGACCAACUUAAAAAAUCCUGGAACGCCGAUGUUCGUAUGUUUGUUAACUCCAUAGGUUCUCGGUGGGCCAUUUCUCCAAAUUCCGAACUUUUUCCACCUGAUCAUCCAGUACAUCAAUUACGUACCACUGAACUACUAGAUACAAUUGAUAGAAUAGAUGGUGUAUAUACAAAUGAUAUCUUCAUAAAGAUCAGAAAAAAACUAGAGGACGCUACACGAAAUGCAAAGGAGGCAGAAGAAAAGCGUCAAAAAGAUCAUGAUAUAUUAGAAAAGAUAACAAAUGAGACCAUUACAAAAUUGAACAAUUUAAUGCAGAAGGCACAAGAAUAUGACCAAACUGCUCAAAAUAUUAUAGAUUCUUUAAAAGAACUUAAAUCGAAAAGUUGUUUUUGGUUAGGGUCACGAGUCAUGCUUGAAUCUGGUAGAAUUAUUCAAAUGUCUGAACUUCAAAUAGGAGAUAAAAUACUAUCAAACAUUAAUAACGGAAUUGCCAAAUUUUCGGAUGUAUAUCUCAUUGGCCAUAUAGGUAAGCUUGAUCAUAAAGUCAAGUUUGCUAAAAUUGGCUUCACCAAACCAAAUGGCUCUAAAGGUAGUUUGCUAGUAACAACCACUCAUUACAUAUUCUGUGAAGAUUUAUCGAUAACAUUUGCCAAAAAUCUACAACCUGGAAAAACCAAAAUCUUAAUAUUAGAUGAUAAUCAACGAACACCGGUUCUUGUUGACGAUGUUACAAAUGAAUGGCAUGACAUGUAUAUUAGUUUCUACACACGAGAUGGUACAGUAAUCGCCGAUGGUGUACUAUGCUCUUGUUACGACUAUUGUCCACCAUCCCAAACAUUCAUGGAUUUUAUUUUUCUGCCAAUGCGUUUGUGGACUCGUUUCAGACCAAGUAUACAUCGUGAUAACAGUCUACAUCCAUAUGUUCAAUUCUUCGAAACUAUUUCAAAUAUCAUCUAUAAUGGUCCAUUGGCUCAAACCGCAAAAAAAUUGAAAACUUUUUCUAUAAUUACUUUGGCCAUUACCUUUGCUAGUACACCUUUAUUUUUUAUGAUGGAUACUGCUAUGGUUACAAGUGCUCGAGCAAUUAUGGUAUUAUUUUUAAUAUCAACAAGUGCCGCAUCUACAGGUCUAAUUCAUUGGUGCGUUUCUCCUUAUGUUGCAAAAAUUUAUCAUCAUUUAAAUUUAUCUCCAACGAAUAAUCAUGAUAAGGAAGGAUUUGAAAAAAAAAAUUCAAUGCCUUCAAUUACACCCGAUUCUUUUAUAACUUUUGAAACACUCAACUUAUUUGGAAGACCUCAUUUUACAACUCUUCAAAUUAAAUCACUUGAACCAUCUACUAGAGUUUUUACGAAUUGGAAAAUUAAGAAGCAAUUCGAAAAUAAUGUUUAUGGUGUAACGAUGUCUGGAAAAAAAACAAAUGCCAAACGUCUCUUUUAUAUACAUUCUGAAUUACGAGAAAACGAUUUAAUGUUACAAGUUUUUAAAUCAAUUUCCUGA